AUGGAUGUUCGUGAGCGUUUGAAGAUGCUCCUCGAAGGAGAUGAGAGUCUCAAAGACUUGGAUACCCACUUGAACCAGGCUCGAGCCGUCCAACCUGCCCUAGAUGCGGACAGAGCUGACCCUGCCGAGUCCAACAAAGCUAAGCAAGGCGUAAGUGGAUAUGCUCUCCCAGUUGAUUUUGACCCGGGUAGUAUGGAGUACCCCCAAAGUGGCCAAUUUCCUUUGUCGUACAUUCGUACCCAUGUGGUGGGACAACUAGCUGAGUCAGAAGACAAGCGUUUGACCGAGAUCAAGCAGAAUGAUCGCCCCCUCGGUCGUACCCCAAAGAUGCGCCUUGAUCUCUCAGGCUUGCUCAAAGAUGAGCAUGGCGGCGGUGCGUCUGACAGGGAUUCCGACGAGGAGGUCACUCCGAUCCCAGUUUCCAAGUCGUUCACGUCGGCCGUCACAAUGGCUCGUUUCCCUUUCAAAUACCUCCAAGGAGCAAAUGUCAAGAGAGUUAAUGAGCGGUUCUAUGAGGGCGAUAAGUUCUGGAAUCGCACCUGGGAUCUGUAUUAUCUGCCUGUCCCAAAGGUUGUUUUGCAAACCCCAUUUCUUUUGAUUCGCACUUCCCAAGCUCAAGCACUGCUCGAUGAAAUCAACUCGGCUCUGAACCUCAAUUUAACUCUCACGGGUGUUAGCAAAGAAGGCCUCGUGAUUGAAAUCGACAAUGAAAAGCUGCCGCAGCCCGUGUACCUUGGACGAUGCAGCAACCGCGAUCGGAAAGCGAAAUUGGAGAGCAAGGUUCCCUCGCCUCUGGAGAACUGGGGACCCUGGACCCAGCUCGUUGAACCCCAUGUUUUCGAGAACUAUGAGAAGAAGAUCAAGCAGUCUGUCGCCACCAUCAAGAUCAAGAAUAGCAUCCACAAGCAAGCGGCCCGAGAUGCCCGAAUGAAGAAGUGGCAGGAGUGCCUAGGCCAUAUGCAAGCCUACUUUGGGCUGCGUCCUGCGUUGCAGUCGAAUGUUCCGCAGCCGUCGUUUGCCAAUGGUCAGAUUGAAGCGAUUGAUGUUCUGAAACCCGUCAAAUGGGCCUUUCAAGAUGCUCCUAUUUUCAUCAGCAUUGAUCUGGAGUGGAUGGACUGUUACGGAUCUCUGGGCUCUCUGACCGAGGUCGGAAUUUCCACUCUGGAUGUGUUGGAUUUGGUCGGUGUGGUCCCUGGCGAUUAUGGAGAGAUAUGGGUGAAACGAAUUCGAUCCCGCCACCUGCGUGUAAAGGAGCAUCGAAACUGGGUCAACAAAACGUACACUCCCGGAUGUCCUGAUCGCUUCCGAUUUGGCAAGAGUGAGAUGAUUCCCUACGCCGAACUCCCGAACGUUGUGGACGCUGCAUUCCAACCCCCCUACAUGGUUCCCUCGGAGGAAGAAAAGAUCGCCCCGUACAAGAACCAGAAGCGCACUGUGAUCUUGGUCGGUCUCGACCUCCAUGGUGAUGUCGCCCAUCUCCAGAGAGCGGGGAGCCAAAUUUUUGUCAAUCUGAACGAAACCACUUCGGUCAUUCGUGAGACUGUUGACGUGGCGGAGCUGUACCGUGUUAGUGCCGGGGAGAACCAGAACCGGGGUCUUCGGGCACUGCUGGGACAGCUGAAUAUUUUGAGUCCCGACCUGCACAAUGCUGGAAAUGAUGCAUACUACGCCUUGCACGCUCUUGUGCGAUUGAUGCUGAGAGUAGCUGGGGAGAAGGUGUGGGGAUAUGAAAACGCCAAAGUCGGUAACGAGGAGCCCAACGUUAAGCGCAAUGAUGAGUGCAAGAAGGAGCCUCCGUUCACGGCCAAUCCCAAGGAUCAACGCAAGGAUCUGCGCGACAGACCCACAUUUGAAUCCAUGGCCGCAAUGUACGAAGAAGCCGAUGACAACACUGACGAAGUCCCGGUUUGGAGUCACUAA